GUUGCGUCGGGCGCCAUAGGCAGGCGCUCGUUCGCUCCUACGACACGUUCGAAAAACUUCGCGUCUUCUUGCACUUUAAAAAUGUGCGGCCGCCUCGCAACUUAGCUCCGAACUCCCCGGGUGUGCGGUGGAACGACUCGGAGAAACAUGAAAUGCACUUCAGUGAAAUUGCACAACAGAAAAGACACCAUAAAUAACAGAAACCUAACCAGGACAUACAGCACAAACAAUACCAUUGAAUUUGUGACCAAAGAAUAUCACAGGUUUUAUUUUGAUUUCUUGAGGAGCCGUCAUGAAGAACGGUUCAAAUCACCACCGGAGAUUAAAAUAACUAACGUACGUUUGCCAGAGACUCUUCCACCUUUAAACAAUGGCAUGUCUCUCGAGAGAUGGGCAAAGAAAACACCAAGACUGAGGUCCUCAAGACGAGACAGCAACAGGGAAGAUACGACGCAAUCGUGUUCAGAAGAGUACGACAUUUCUUUUGAUGUCAGCCACUUGCUGAACGACUUAGACAAAGACCAAAUUAACAAUGAUGAUGACAUAGAUAAUAACAGCACCACAUAUAUAGAAUACGACGUCCACUCUGACAUCGAAGAACUGAUUAACAAGUCUAGGAGAGCCAGUGAAGAGUACGAGAAACGCAAAGAGGAGAAACGAAAAAGACAAAAGACCGCCAAAAGUAGAAAAGACCACGAAGACAAGGCUAAACGAAAGGUGAAGAAAAAGCUGAAGAAGACUAUAAAAUUCUCCCUCUCCAAGCCCCAAAGUCCCGAAACGGAACAGAUUAUUCGUGUGGACAUCACAUCCAAUAUGUCGCUGGAAGAGUUCCAGAGCAUCCAAGACGGCAAGAGGCAACCGGGCGAAAGCAGCCACGAUGGGAGACGAGGCGCAAAAAUGAUUGAUGACUCCAGAAGUGGCGACUUAAGUGAAAGUUUGCAUACUGAUAGAGGCCUCAGAUUGAAUAAGGAGGAUGAGGACUUUAUUAUAUUAUGCAAGCAAUUGGUUAUUUCCAGGGACCGAUGACUGCCGAGGAAAUUUCAGCUAACACUCGGAUAUAAUAAAUCACGAUGGGAGGAAAUGUGUUUUCUUGAUCCGCUCACCGCAAUGUCACACAUGCAUGUUAAAUAAGUGUUUUCGGUAUUUAAAUUACAACUGUUUAAACUAUAUGGAUUUGUUGCUUUUGUGCCGCUCCUUCUCCAUUGACAAUUAUGGUGUUGUUUGUCUGGAUUUUUUUCAGAUACUUUAUUCAAAAGUGUGUGUUUAUUGUCGUUUUAAUGGGUUAACGACUCACCGCAUAAUAAAUAUCAGUCGGACACUAUUUUUUAACAGAAUAAUAAAUUUCCUGUAAAAUUUUGGCAUUAAAAUAAUGUUUAUGCAGGCAUGAAUAAAAUAAAAGAUUUAUUCCAAAUA